GCCGCCUCCUUUCCGCCGGCGGGUGUGUGAAGGAGGAGCCGGAGCCGGAGCCGGGGCCGCCGCCGCCAUGGGGAGAAAGUCAAGUAAAGCCAAGGAGAAGAAACAGAAGAGGUUAGAGGAGCGGGCUGCCAUGGACGCCGUCUGUGCCAAAGUGGAGGCCGCCAACAAGCUUGAAGACCCCUUAGAGGCCUUUCCUGUGUUCAAGAAGUAUGACCGGAAUGGAUUAAACGUCUCCAUUGAGUGUAAGCGCGUGUCGGGGCUGGAGCAGGCUACAGUGGAUUGGGCCUUUGAUCUCACCAAGACCAACAUGCAGACGCUGUAUGAACAAAGUGAAUGGGGCUGGAAGGAUCGCGAGAAGAAGGAAGAGAUGACGGAUGACCGGGCCUGGUACCUCAUUGCUUGGGAGGAGAGUGCUGUCCCCGUGGCCUUCUCACACUUCCGCUUCGAUGUGGAGUGUGGGGACGAAGUCCUGUACUGCUACGAGGUCCAGUUGGAGAGCAAAGUGCGGAGGAAAGGUCUGGGGAAGUUUCUAAUCCAGAUCCUGCAGCUUGUGGCCAACAGCACCCAGAUGAAGAAAGUCAUGCUGACAGUGUUCAAACACAACCAUGGAGCGUACCAGUUUUUCAGAGAAGCGUUGCAGUUUGAGAUUGAUGACACCUCCCCCAGCAUGUCCGGCUGCUGUGGCGAUGACUGCUCCUAUGAAAUCCUGAGCCGGAGGACGAAGUUUGGCGACAGCCAGCAUGCCCACUCGGGCGGGCACUGUGGCGGCUGCUGCCACUGAGGCUGCACCAGGUGCCAGAGCCACGUCUUCCCCUGGCCUGGUCCCUUCCCCUGUUCCCAUCACUCCACACAUUCUCAGCUGCCUCUCACCUUUCAGGUCCCCCAGGGCGGUGGUCCCCUCAGUUCAGGAGGAUGCCAGGGUGCACCCCCAGAAGCAUCGCCCCCUCCCCCAGCCCUCAUCUGCCCUCCCCGUGGCAUUGGUGAGCAGUGCAGGGCAGCAGGGCUGGGGAAGGGCCAUCCCAUUUCUCGAGGGGGCCCACUGGGGCUCUUGGCCAGCCUGUGACGCAAGAAGGGCUUGUUUCCAAGCCACAUCUUUGGAAGCAUCUCUCUUCCCUUUAUCCACUUAGCCAGAACCCCAGCUCCCCACAGCAAGACCCCAUUGCUUGUAGAAGAGCAGCUGGACACUGCUGGGCUCCCCCACAGAGAAAGAAAGGAGAAGUGGGGUGCCUAUGCAGCCCCAAGGGGACACAAGAGUGCCCAGAGUCUGGCCGAGAAAAAACGGCAUUUGGUUUGUGGUUUCCUCAGAAAAGUCCCCCUCCCCGAGGGAAGACCUUUUGUGGCAAGAAAAGUGGGCUGGGGGAAGCAAGCUCUUUUGUAAGGUGUAUGUUUGCAGAAGUGCAGAGUAAAAUUGACUCAGGGGUCCACGGGACACUGUGGGAACUGUACGGAGGUGGUCGCUCCUGACCCUUCUCUCUCCAUCAGGCCCAGUGACCAACUGGGCCCCGGUUGAGAGGCCUAGGAAGGAGCCGCCCACUCUGGGCAGAGCUUUGGACCGCUGGUUUUAGGCCCGUCACAGUCAAUGAUGCCAGCUUGUCCUCUGCUCGAACCCCUUCCCCAAAGUGCUGCUGCACCACUCCUGGGGAAAUGACAUCAGGGAGUCCCCAGGCUUCCCCUGGAAAGAGGCCUAGUUCCUGUCUGCAUAUUCAAUGCCAUUUCCUCUGUACUUUGGUGCUGAUUCUUCCCCUCCCCAGCCCAGCAGCAGCAGGCCCUGCUUCUCCUCCCCCAGGGCCUCUCCCUCCUCUGCCUCAGUGAGGCAAUAGUGCUGCUGACCCUGUCCAGGCUCCACCAGCUGUCUGUGGACCAGGGGGCAGCUCGGUCUAGCUUCUGUCCAUUUCUUUCAGGGAUGCACUCUGACCUGCUUCCAUCCAGCCAGACUUCUCAGUCUCUCUGGCAGGAUCCAUUCUGUCCUUCCUAAGAUGCUGAAAUAGGGAGGAGAGAAGGACCCUGCUGAGGGGUUGGGAGAGGGAGCUUUGUCGUGUCUUCAUCCAAGAGCAGUGGCUUUUCAGAUGCUGAACUCCCGCCCUCGUCUGUCCUCCAGGGCUCAUCCUGCCCCCAGCCUGGGGCGGGGGGUACCAAGCCCACUUCUCCCCUGGCAUGACUCCUUUGAAGCCCCUCGGUGGGGAACCUCUUUAAAGUUUUAACCUCUGUGAAGGUUUUUGUAGAAGGCCUGUCCUUGGACCUGACCUCAGAUUCUCCUCCCACCUGCAGUGCCCCAACUCAGGAGGCAGCUGUGCCUGCGAGCCCCUUCUCCCCCUUCACCGCUGUGUGGGAGCACAGACACACGUGCAGUGUGUCAUCCUACAAAACACCAGCCUGUGAGCUGCUGGAGACCAGGGACCCUGGGCACUAGGCUUACACUCCCCUCCGCAGCUCACACCCUGCUUUCCCUUGGAAAGGGCCAGGGUUUUGUUUUUUGUUUUUUUUUUAAAGACGCCUUUGCAGCUUUUACACUGGAUUCGAUCCCCACUCCUCCACCCCUGGUGUCUCUGAGAGAAGCUUCUGCCCUAGGGUGGACUUUGUAGGUCAUUGAAAGGGGCUGAUUUGGGCUUCCUCACACUAGGAGCAAAGAAGAGUUUCCCUUCUCCUCUCCAGGGAUAUGAACCAAAAUAUUUUGGGUCUCAGAUCAUGGAUUUCUGACUCUACUCCCAGAAUUCCAAAAGAAUCCCCAACAAAAAUUCCAAGUAACUUGAGUUCGUUGUGUGUGUCUUUUUUAUUGACUUCCUGACCUCUUCCUAAUAACCAGAUCCUAAUUACCAAACUCGUUUGCAGGGGGGUGGCAUUGACAUUGCUGCCAUCUUUAUCCCAGUGCUCUUCAAUUAGCUCGGAUGCUGACGGCAGCAUCUAAGGAUUAGCAAGUCAUUCCUUGGUUUGGUUUUCCUGUUUUGAGAUUCCCUUGUCCCACUUUCACAUCAGCGUCUCACGUCAACUUCUGCUAAGUCUAGUUUUUGAGAAAUGUAGCUCUCUGUUUGGCCUGUGUCAUUGUUUUGUUUGGGGCGCGUUGAAGUAUUUUUGUUGAAGAUAUCUUCUUUUUAAGUUGUAUCCAUCCUUUGCCCAUGCUGGGUCACUUCUCUUGGUGUGUCUGUGUGUACACGCGUGUGUGGGAGUGUGUAUGUGCCAGGGUGAGUGUGAUUCUUUUUAACCCUUUCUAUUUUUUAGAGGAAAGUUUGAAAACAGACCUACUCUCGAUAUAUAUUUUUUCCUUAGUAAAUUCUUUUCUCACUGGAAUCAAAGGGAAAAAAGCAAACCUUUUGCAUUGGUUUUAUUUGUAUGUUACAAAUAAAAGACACUUUGUUCAGUUGC